GUGUGGCCGCGGUGGGCGGAGCCAGCCGGGAUGAGUGGCGGAGGUACAGAGACCCCCGUGGGAUGUGAAGCCGCCCCGGGUGGUGGCGUCAAGAAGAGAGACUCGUUGGGGAUCGCAGGCUCGCCAACGCACCUCAUUAUCAAGGAUCUUGGAGAAAUUCAUUCACGGCUUUUAGAUCACAGACCAGUUAUUCAAGGUGAAACACGUUAUUUUGUGAAAGAAUUUGAAGAAAAACGUGGAUUUCGGGAAAUGAGAGUUCUUGAAAAUCUGAAGAAUAUGAUCCACGAAACAAAUGAACAUACUCUUCCCAAAUGUAGAGAGACAAUACAAGACAACUUAAAACAAGUUCUCCAGAGAUUGCAAGCAACUAAUUACUCAGUCUGUAGACUCCAACAGAGGGAGCAAGAACAAAAAAAGAUCCAUGAUGACCAUUUACUAGCUCGUGAAAACCAGCAAAUAGCCCAGUGGGAGGAUUUCAUGAGAGAACAGCAUCGCAAGCGGGCAGAAGUGGAUGAAGAACACAGAAAAGCCAUGGAGAGGCUUAAAGAACAAUAUGCUGAGAUGGAGAAGGACCUAGCAAAAUUUUCAACUUUUUAA